AUCUUUGGGCGGCUUAUGCUGGAGUGCCUUGACAUAUAUGGUAUAGUAGCCACCACCCCCCACACACACAUGUCAUUGCAGUCCUAAAAUAAUCUCUGAAAGCACAGCUGAGCACUGGCUAUCCUCCCCCCGCUGUUGUCAUUGCUCGACCGCUGCUCUGCCCCAUGUGUUCUCUACUACGCGUGUGGAGCCGCUAAAAGAAUGACGAGAUUUAGUUAUUCUGAGUAUCUGUCGCAAUUUCGUUAUGGUGGGAACAAGGGCAAUACGUCUUUAGGUAAAUUAUCCAGCGAUGAGAAACGAUGUGCUGAGCGGCGACGGCAGAACGACAUUACGUCAGAGUCAGCGGAUCAUUUGCCUUCCCUCUGUUGUAGGGAUGUAGAGCCAAUAGUGUUUGCCAUCCAGAGAGGAGAUGCUCAAGCUGUGAAAGAGCUGUCAGUGGCUGCACCACUCAGCCUGAUGAAAGAGAACAAAGAAGGAUGGAUACCUUUGCAUGAGGCUGCAUAUUAUGGCCAAGCUGAAUGCAUAAAGGCACUGAUGAAAGCCCAACCAGGGUCAGUUGACAAGCGCACCCUCCAGGAACAGACUGCUCUUCUCCUGUCAGUUUCCGGUCAGCACUUGUCCUGUGUGCAGUGCCUUCUACAGGCAGGGGCAGACCCUGACAUCAGCAGCAAGAACAAAGAGACACCCCUAAACAAAGCGUGUGAGCGGGAGAACGUGGAAAUGGUGAGCCUCAUCCUGUUAUUCGGGGCCACAGUGAACCAGAGGUGUAACCGGGGCUGGACAGCCCUCCAUGAGGCAGUGUGCAGGGACAACAUGGAGAUCUGUGAGAUGCUGGUUAGGGCAGGAGCCACCAUUAACCCUCCUAAUACCUACAGCAUCACACCGCUAAUAGUAGCAGUCCAGCAAGGACGUGUAGAGGCCCUGCGGUACCUCAUUAGGAAAGGUGCUGACGUCAACAUGCAGACGUGUGACGGUGCUACAGCCCUGUAUGAGGCCAGUAAAGAUGGCCACAGGGAGAUAGUGGAGCUACUACUAUCUCACAACACAGACGCCAACAAACCCACCAAGACAGGACUCUUACCUCUACACAUUGCUGCUCAGUAUGGACACCAUGAGAUUGUGUCCCUGCUUGUCCCGGUCACCAGUCGGGCCAGAGUUCGCCACAGUGGGAUCAGCCCCCUCCACCUGGCUGCAGAGCACAACAGGGACAUGGUCACAGCCAUACUGCUCAAGACAGGAGCCGACGUCAAUGCCACACUAUCCCACAAUCGCUCCAUGCAGUAUUCGGAUCACCGCACCACGCCACUUUACUUUGCCAUUGCCAAUGGGAGCAGGAAGUCAGCAGAAAUGUUACUGAAAGCUGGUGCUAAUCUGAGCCUGGACCCAGUCAACCCUCUACUAGCAGCUGUAAGACACGGUUGUACCAGGACUGUCUCUCUACUGCUGGAGCAUGGGGCCGAUGUUAACACCAGCAUCCCAUCCUGUCCUACCACCUUCCCUGGUGCUAUUGUACUCUGUAUGAAUAACCUACCACUUCUCAAGUGCCUUUUGGAUAAGGGCUGUGAUGCCCAAGCCUGCUUCAGAUGUGCUUAUGGUUGCUGCCCACACCCAGCACAGGACAGCAUGGGCAGCAUAGGCAUUGACAUCAACAAAUGCACCAAUGACAUGUCUCUUCUAACCUGCACAGAACCUGCUGUCAGCAAAGUACAGUUUUGUGAGUUGAUCUCAUCACCAUCCAUGUGUAACUGGGAAGGGCCCAUCGUAGACUUGCUGCUGGACUACGUUGGUAAUGUUCAACUGUGUGCCAGACUCACCGAGAUCCUGGGCGGCCGGAAGGAAUGGCCCAGCAUCAAGGCCAAGUCAUUGUCAUCCCGUCCACUGAUGCACCUAUGUAGGGUAAGGAUCCGUGAGCAGGUGGGUAUGUCCAGACUCAGGUCUCUGGAUAACCUACCCCUCCCAGACAGACUGCUGCAGUACCUCAGCCUGACCAGACACAGCUUUGAUGACUUCUGCCCUGAUGGCAAAUAAGGCUUAUCAGUGUCCUGUGUUGUGCCUUAUAGUAUAUUACCUGUUUACAGGAGUUUUGGCUGUAUUUAUGGGUUAGUAAUUAUGUCUUGAUUGGGUAAAAUGUGUGUAAUGGGAAAAUGUGUGUUGUUUGCACAUAGCAUGUGUGUGUUGUGUGCACAUACCGUGGAAGUGAGCUGCAGUUCUGAGUGGAUUGGCUGACAAAUGACAACAGAUAGCCUAAAGCCACAGUAGUUGAUAAUCUCUGAAGAAGUGCAGCGAAACUGAGCUCAAAUGAAACUCAAGGUAACCUUUUAAAAUACCUGUGUCAUUCAGAUGUUUAGGCCCAGUCAAACAAAUGCAGACAAUCAAUGUGAUGGUUUAUAGAAUGUACUUGUGUAUUCAGCACUAAUUAUGUAAUGUGUUUUUAAAGUGUGUUUUCAACAGA